GGGGAGGCCGCACUCAAUUUUCUCCCUCCUCCACUCUCCAUCUCCAGGACGUCCGUCCCACUCUCCAGUGUGCCGCACCUCUCCCCUCCGUGACAGUUCAGCUUGACGAGACAAAAAGGGGAACAAAAAGUGCUCCUCCUACCUUCCGUGAUGUCAGCGCCACCGCCGGCCGGCGGCGGCGGCGGCGGCGGCAGCGCCCUCAUCAACGAGGUCCUCACGGACGACGAGCUACGCGCGGUGCUCACGCGGCUGGGCCCCGAGGCGGAGCGGGACGCGUUCGGGCUCGUGUGCCGCCGCUGGCUCCGGAUCCAGAGCUCCGAGCGGCGGCGCCUGCGCGCGCGCGCCGGCCCGGACAUGCUGCGCCGCCUCGCCGCGCGGUUCCCUGGAGUCCUGGAGCUCGACCUCUCUCAGUCGCCCUCCCGCUCCUUCUACCCCGGCGUCAUCGACGACGACCUCAGCGUUAUCGCCGGCAGCUUCCGCAACCUGCGCGUCCUCGCGCUGCAGAAUUGCAAAGGUAUCUCUGAUGUUGGAGUUACCAAAUUGGGAGAUGGACUGCCAUCUCUGCAGUCCCUUGAUGUUUCUCGCUGCAUAAAGCUGAGUGACAAAGGUUUGAAGGCGGUUGCACUAGGGUGCAAAAAAUUGAGUCAGCUGCAAAUCAUGGAUUGCAAAUUAAUAACAGAUAAUUUAUUGACUGCUCUAUCAAAGAGCUGCCUACAGUUGGUAGAACUUGGAGCUGCGGGAUGUAACAGAAUAACAGAUGCUGGUAUAUGUGCUCUGGCUGAUGGCUGUCAUCACAUAAAAUCACUAGACAUAAGCAAAUGCAAUAAAGUUAGUGAUCCUGGAGUCUGUAAGAUUGCUGAGGUUUCUUCAUCGUGCUUGGUGUCAAUAAAGCUAUUGGACUGCAGCAAGGUGGGAGAUAAGUCCAUCUAUUCGUUAGCUAAGUUCUGCCGUAGCCUAGAGACUCUUGUCAUUAGUGGAUGUCAGAACAUUAGCGAUGCUUCCAUACAAGCACUUGCUCUUGCUUGCUCCAGCAGCUUACGGAGCCUGAGAAUGGACUGGUGCUUGAAAAUAACAGACACAUCAUUGCAAAGCCUGCUGUCUAAGUGUAAACUUCUUGUGGCUAUUGAUGUUGGAUGUUGUGACCAGAUAACCGAUGAUGCAUUCCCUGACGGGGAAGGAUAUGGGUUUCAGUCUGAACUGAGAGUUUUGAAGAUCAGCAGCUGUGUUCGGCUCACAGUUACAGGGGUCAGCAGAUUGAUUGAAGCCUUCAAGGCUCUCGAGUACUUGGAUGUUCGGUCAUGUCCGCAGGUUACAAGGGACAGCUGCGAGCAAGCUGGAGUGCAGUUUCCUGUUGGCUGUAAGGUGAAUUUCGAUGGGAAUUUGCUGGAAUCUGAUCCAUCUGCUGAGAGGUUCUUCUAGAAUGAACUGUGAUCUGCAAACUUAAUGUGAACUGCAAAAUUAAGAUUUGAUGAAGAGCGGUCAUGUAGAUGAGCGCUUGACAUUGCUGUUUUUCUUUCACCGCCAAAACCUAUGCGAGAACCGGAUAUCACAACAGAUGCAAACCACGAUCAUAUUCAGUACCCAAUUCAAUAUGCAUGUGAUUUAAUCUGUAGAAAGUAGUGCCAAAGACCAUGAAAUGAGUUGUCUGAUCAAAGAACGUAUAUGCAUUAUGUAUUGUGCCAAUGCAGCGGGUGUAUUCAAAAUGUAUAUUUUAAUAGACUGGUUUCAGUGGAUUGAACGUAGUUCUGUUUUUAUCUGCAUCGCUUGUACAGUUCUUUGUUGUGGCGCUAUGCCAAACACAAACAGGGAAAUAGUGUUCAGUCUGUUGUCUUGUGCUCAAACACUGCUCCCACUUAGAAGAAUUGGUGGGAUGUAAGCGACA